AUGGAUCCAAACAUGUCUCACCAAGAGACACCAAGGCCGAGUGAUAGCUCGCACGAAUUUGCCCGACGCAGAUCCAACUUUUCCCUGUCGUUCGCACGUCGUUCGACCAAGAACAGAGCCAGUGUGCUCAGCAUCGAUACACCGGAGCCAAAAUGUCAGGAAAGAAUUCACUAUCCUGUCUUCAACCCAGACGAUCCCCGUCACAAUCCUUCGGGGCGUCGUCAUUACUGCCAGAACUCAUCGGUGGACUCCCAGAAGCAAGCACAUUGGGUUCAAGACCUCCAAAGACGCUCCAUCCACAAGGUCCGAUCGGGAUUGCUGUCUCUGCGAGAAGGACUGCUCCGCCUGUCGAGUUGGAAGGAUAGCGAUAUUAAGGAUACUGGCUCUAUGCUUGAGCGUCCGCAAAAUCAUAGCAGAGAAGGAAGGAACCCAGCAUUUGGGUUUUCGAGUAUCUCCGAUGUCAGCACCCAGGAGGAUAUGAACUUUGGAAUUGGUAUGUGCCGCAUGAACUCGCCCUGGCCUUCGACUUUCCGUGAGCCAAGUAUUAAUAGAUCGACUCGGGUCGCCUCUUCUCUGGCAUUACCAAAUUUGUCGGCCACAGAAUUGCAGGUAAGCAGUGGACAGCACCGUCCAGAAUCUCCAUCAUUCCGCAAAGUGAUCCUUACAUCUGGAGACGCGCCUCCGUACUCCACGAGAUACGACAAACCUCUUGCCGACGGUCUCGCGGACGCGGACACGGAUCAGGGGAGGUCGUUUGUGGACACCGAACGAAGUGUUGAUGGAGAUUUCAGUGAACAUUUGGAUCAAUCUGAGGUGUCGGAUUGGGAAACAAUUGCAUCUGGGAAAGAAAGUGGUAGUUCGGUGAAUGGAGAUGUCUCUGGGGCUCGUGGAUCGUGUGACGACAACACGCCUGCAGAACAGCCUCACGCAGCAGUGACCCUCUUGAAAAUUCCAGCAAAUGCAAAGCGGUGCAAGACUGUCAGCCCAGAUCUGCCUCACAAGGGAGUAAGAUCCGAUGAUUGUCCGAUGUAUGAAGAGACCACGAAUAGCUCCAUGGGGUCGUUCAAGCUUCCAGAUCCGGAUGCGCCAAGUAGUUUCAGUCCAAGCAAAUUUGAUCACCCACUGGCUAAUAUAAGAGAGUCGGAAGCUCUGGUGACACAGGAGCGCCUGCAGAUUCAUCGGACAAAAAGUGAGGAGGCUGCUGCAUCGUCCAUUGCCAUGUCAAGGAAAUGCUCUGUGAAUGUUGUGAAGAUUGCUUUCCCUGGCGUGUACCACGCCUUGCUCGAGCAGUGGACGAGAGAGACUCGUAACCUUUUUGUGAACAGUGCUGAGAUAGGAGGGGAUAUUUCACCUCUUUCUCACAUCCCCGACUCCGCUGCAGAGCAGAAUCAGCAGGAUCUCAACUACCACGAGUUGCCCUGGAGGUGUGGGAACCGCACUCACGGACUACCAGCCAGCACAUCCUCUGGCCACAGAACGUGGGGUUCAAGUGAGUCUUUCUCAUCUGGUGAACACAGUUCGACAACCAUCGAGGAUAUAUGGGUUCAAGCAGGGCCCCCUUCACGCUUCAGAACCUCCAGGCCUGCCAGAACUGCCAACUUAACCCGAAGUUCAUCCACAGCCCACACUCAUCCUCCGGAAGAGAUGCCAGAACUUAAUACACGCCAUUCUUUCGGCCUUCAUAUUGUCCAGGGAGGUGAACCCGACGAGAGGACCUCGUUAAAUGAUCAAGGUCAUCAAGACAACCUACGACAAUCCUCUUAUCAACAAGUUCCCCGACAGGCAUCCCAACAGGCUCCAACAGACGGCCAAUACACAUCUCUCUCUGCCCCUGUCACGGGUGGCCCCCUGGGAUCUCCUUUUGAUCAAUCGGAAUUUUCAUCAGUAUGGACCAAUGCCAGCUCCAUCUCUCCAGGUGCCACAUCCAGAACAUCCAUCUCCAACAUGCCAUGGUCACCGAUGGACUCUCCUAUCGACGAAGAGGUUCUCUUCUCAAACACCAUUUGGCGCGAUGAAUAUUACAUGGCUGAUGGCAAGACAAGCAACUACUACCCUGAUCGAGGUGACCAGCCUACCAAAAGAAUAUGGAGGCAGCGUCUCACCGAUGACGGCAGCAUUCACAGUGGACCUGGUUUGGAUCGCACUCCCUCCAGUAGACUCCAUGUCUCCGAGCUGAUGGCCCCGGUGACUCUCCCGCGCCCCUGUACAUCACUGCCAAACCGACCACGCCUCGAAAGGGAGGGCUCAGGUCAGCCACAGGGAAACUUCCCUAGACACCAGGCUCAGACAGGUCGCCUUGGAUGA